UUUUGGAUUAUCAGCAGCUCUGAUUUUAUGUAGUAUUCCAACUAAUGAUUGUUUGUGUUUUUUCUGAUAGCACGAUUUUGGGAUUUUUGUGGGAAGGAUGCCUUACAGAACUAGAUAGGAUAUGCUUAAUGAGUGUGUACUUCCUAGCUUGUGGUGGAGAGUUCUCCCUGACACUUUCAAAACAGCUAACCUAGACCCCCACAAUCUUUCCCUAAAAUCCUGAGUUAUUUCUCCAGUGGCUAGAACUUAGACUGACUCUAGGGAAUAAGAAUGGGUCAUGCAUCUUCCGCCUGAAUUGGGUAGUACUAGAUGCCAGCCUUGUUUUGGGGUAGUGGUUUUAAGGGUGUUUCUCUCCUUUAUUUCUGCCUAAACCAGAACUCUGGGGAAAAAAUGACAGCAUAUUCUGGGGAACCUAAAGGGGUUGGUGAGGGCAUUUUAGGCAACAUCUGUCACUCCAUUGCUUGUCAGGAUUAUUUUAGCUAAUUUGUCUGACUGGGCAGGUGUCCCCUCUCUCCCUCAGUGCUCCAUGUGCAUCCCUCUUGAAGCUUCGCACUCUGUUGAAGAGGACACUCAUCCCAGUCAUUAUUUAGAAGCAAGGUCCUUGAAUGAGAGAGAUUAUCGGGACCGGAGAUACGUUGAUGAAUACAGAAAUGACUACUGUGAAGGAUAUAUUCCUAGACAUUAUCACAGAGACAUUGAAAGUGCUUAUCGAAUCCACUGCAGUAAAUCCUCAGUCCGAAGCAGGAGAAGCAGUCCUAAAAGGAAGCAUAAUAGACACUGUUCAAGUCAUCAGUCACGUUCGAAGAGCCACCGAAGGAAAAGAUCCAGGAGUAUAGAGGAUGAUGAGGAGGGUCACCUGAUCUGUCAAAGUGGAGACGUUCUAAGAGCAAGAUAUGAAAUCGUGGACACUUUGGGUGAAGGGGCCUUUGGCAAAGUUGUAGAAUGCAUUGAUCAUGGCAUGGAUGGCUUACAUGUAGCAGUGAAAAUAGUAAAAAAUGUAGGCCGUUACCGUGAAGCAGCUCGUUCAGAAAUCCAAGUAUUGGAGCAUUUAAAUAGUACAGAUCCUAAUAGUGUCUUCCGAUGUGUCCAGAUGCUAGAAUGGUUUGAUCAUCAUGGUCAUGUUUGUAUUGUGUUUGAACUGCUGGGACUUAGUACCUAUGAUUUCAUUAAAGAAAACAGCUUUCUGCCAUUUCAGAUUGAUCACAUCAGGCAGAUGGCUUAUCAGAUCUGCCAAUCAAUAAAUUUUUUGCAUCAUAAUAAAUUAACACAUACAGAUCUGAAACCUGAAAAUAUUUUAUUUGUGAAGUCUGACUAUGUAGUCAAAUAUAAUUCUAAAAUGAAACGUGAUGAACGCACACUAAAAAACACAGAUAUUAAAGUUGUCGACUUUGGAAGUGCAACAUAUGAUGAUGAACAUCACAGUACUUUGGUGUCCACACGGCACUACAGAGCUCCAGAGGUCAUUUUGGCUUUAGGUUGGUCUCAGCCUUGUGAUGUUUGGAGUAUAGGUUGCAUUCUCAUUGAAUACUACCUUGGGUUCACAGUCUUUCAGACUCAUGAUAGUAAAGAGCAUCUGGCCAUGAUGGAACGAAUAUUAGGACCCAUACCAGCACACAUGAUUCAGAAAACAAGGAAACGCAAGUAUUUUCACCAUAACCAGCUAGAUUGGGAUGAACAUAGUUCUGCUGGUAGAUAUGUUAGGAGACGCUGCAAACCAUUAAAGGAAUUUAUGCUCAGUCAUGAUGAAGAACAUGAGAAGCUUUUUGACCUUGUUCGAAGAAUGUUAGAAUAUGAUCCAACUAAAAGAAUCACCUUGGACGAAGCAUUGCAGCAUCCUUUCUUUGACUUAUUAAAAAAGAAAUGAAAUGGAAAUCAGUGGUCUUACUAUAUACUUCUCUAGAAGAGAUUACUUUAAGACUGUGUCAGUCAACUAAACAUUCUAAUAUUUUUGUAAACAUUAAAUUAUUUUGUACAGUUAAGUGUAUAUACUGUAUGUUUUGUAUCUAUAGCAAAUUUACCUUGUUAAGCAGUAUGGUCUUGAUAAUGAAUGAAAUAUAAAAGUUGAAAUUAAUUUUCCUUUUUGAGAUUAAUUACCAUUUUUAAAGGCCUUUGGAAUUACCUUUGUGUCCAGUGAUAAAGUGAUUGGUCUUGUCUUUUGUACAUGAAGUUUGACUCUGAAGUGAUUUUUUUUUUUUUAAGUAAAAGGAAAUCUUGA